AUGGGAGGAAUGAGCGGCAUGGGAGGGAUGAGUUCCGUGGGAGGCUUUGUUGGGUAUGGAGGCAUGGGCGAUAUUGGAGCAAUGGGUGGCAUGGGAGCUCCUCUAGGUGGAUUCAUGGAUUCCAUGGUUGCUCAUAUGCCUUCUAUGCUUACUACGAAUGAUGGCUUCGUACCAUCUCUGAUUCAUUCCACUCAUGCACACACAUCCAAAAUUGCAAAUGGUGAUGAAACAAAAGAUGCAGAUGCAAAAGAUGAUGGUGAAGGUGAUGAAGAUUGA